AAGAGAAGCAACUAUUUACUUAGUUGCUUCCUAAUAGGAGAGCUCAGAGGUUACAUAGGGAGGAUAUGCUUGAGAAUUAAAAGUCAACACAUUGGGAUCAGCCUACUGUCACCUGUACAAGACUGCCACCAUCUUUAAACCAGAUCUAGCUAUGCUUUCAGGUUAAUAGUCUACAAUGGAUUUUUUUACUUUUAGAUUCAGUGCUUAUGACUUGCUGUUGGUGUUCUGUCUGUGUCCAUUUUGGAGGGCCACUGACUGCACGACUGUGACAGCAACAACAGAAACAACAGUAACCAACCCGCCAACCACAGCCUUAUCAUCACCUGCUGAUGUGAACAAUGUCACUGUUGUGCAUCAAACAGAAAAUUCUGUAACCAUAAAAUUUGAUAAGGUUAAUGGAAUCAAUGAGUAUAAUUUGACUUAUAUCAAUGACACAUUCCAGUCAAAAAUCAUUACAUGGGAUAAUGACAAUCCAGCUGUGUAUACUGUGGAAUACCUAAUGCCUGCUCAGAAAUAUAACAUGACUUUAUAUUCUCAGCAAGGGGGCUUUCAAAGCUCUGGAUAUCCAUUUAAUGCAAAAACAGCUCCUGAAAAUGUUGUAGAUUUUAGACCAGUUAAUCAAAAUGAAAGUAGCAUAACCCUCAUCUGGACAAAGACAUCAGGCGAUCCUCUGUUCAUUUUUUACUUUAAUGGAACAGAGGAAAACAUCAGUGAUGAGCCAAAGGUAGUGACAGAUCUAAAAAGUGGCACUGAAUACAGUUUCACUCUGUACAGUGUGUUUGAAGACAUUCGAAGUACUGGGGCCAAUCUGACUGCUAGCACUGCUCCUAAAAAUGUUGCAGAUUUUAGGCAGGUUAAUCAAAAUGAAAGUAGCAUAACCCUCAACUGGACAAAGACGUCAGAUGAUUCUCAGUUGAUUUUUAACUUUAAUGGAACAGAGAAAAACAUCACUGAUGAGCAAAAGGUAGUGACAGAUCUAAAAAGUGGCACCGAAUACAGUUUCACUCUAUACAGUGUGUUUAAUGACAUUCGAAGUACUGGGGCCAAUCUGACUGCUAGCACUGCUCCUUCCAAAGUGAACGGUUUUGAUAGAGUCUCAGAAAAUGAGACGAGUAUAACUUUGAAAUGGGAGAAUGACCCAAAAAUCAAUUACAUUUUAAUGAAGUUUAAUGAAACAGAGAAGAACUUCACUGCACUGGGCUUUGAAAAUAUAACCGAAUACACAGUCACAAGCCUCAAUGACACCACAAUAUACAACUUUACCCUUUUUACUGUUUUUCGAAACAUAUUAGGCGAUGGAGUGACCAUCAGUGCCGCCACACGUCCUCGUGAUGCGACUGCCUUCAAAGUACAAAACCGAACAAACAGUAGUAUAACUCUAGAGUGGAAAAAAGUGGGUGAUAUCCAGGACUAUGAAAUUGACUAUGACUCAAAGAGAGAGUCAGUAAAUCCAUCCUCAGGAAAUGUGGAAACAUAUAUUGCUAAGAAUCUUCAAAGUGGCACAAUAUACAGAUUUCGUUUGUAUACUAAACUUGCCAAUAUCUCAAGCAAUGGAGUUUUAUUGGAAGCACCCACAGCUCCUUCUCCAGUGUCUUCAGUAAAAGCAGUACAACGAACUUUGAAUACAAUAACUCUGAAAUUGGAGAGUGUAAAAGAAAAUUGGAGCUGCCUUGUAGACUCUGAUGGCACUGCUGGAUGUUCAAAUACCUCAGAUGGAAAUUCAGUUUACUGCACUGUAAAAUCUCUGAAAGCUGGCACUCUCUAUUCAUUUAGUAUUAAAACAGUAUUCGAGAAAAUAGAAAGUACACCUAUUCAAUAUAACACAGUAACAGUUAUAGACUGUUCCGUAGUUGACUGGCAGGUUAAAGGGACGUCGAUCGUAGGAUUGGUUGAGGGUGAGUUCACAAACGCAACUGUUUCCAAUGGCUCACUGCAUCUCAACUCUGGCUCCAAUAAGCAAAUAGAAUUCACUGGCCUUUACCCUGGAGCAAACUAUACCAUGAAGCUGAUGUAUGAAGAGCUAGAGCAGUGCAAUUACAUAUUCAAUACCAUUCCCCCUAGAUUGACUGCGAAGUGUAAGAACUGGAAUGCUGGUUAUUCAGUCUAUAUUGAAUGGGACAGUCCAAGUGGUGUCUGGGAUUCAGUUGAAAUCAUUGUCUCCAAUAAUGUGCAUAACGUGAAAGAAAAUAAGUCCUAUGCUGUAAUAAAAAAUGUACAACCGGCCAAAAAAUAUCAAGUAAACAUUUCCUCAAUAUCUGGACGACAGAGAAGCAGCCCUUUUAUUUUUACAUGUGCCACUGAUGCCAGGGGAGUCAUUGCAGGAGCUUUCUUUGGUGUAUUUAUUUUUGUUGUUCUGGUCUGCGUGGUUGCCUUCAUUAUGUUAAGAAGACCUGACAUAUUUAGCAGUCAUAAGAAGUUAUCAAAUGGUGGAGCCAAGACCAUAGUAAAAAAGCGUAUACCUUUGGAAAAGUUUCCUGGUCACUUCAAUGAGUUAAGUGCAGAUGAAAAUAAAGGAUUCAGCCUAGAUUAUGAGGAACUUGCUAGUGUUGGGACAGAGCAGACCCAGAAUGCAGCAACAACACCAGAAAACAAACCAAAAAAUCGCUUCAUCAAUGUUUUGCCAUAUGACCGAAGCCGUGUAAAACUGACUUCAUCUCCUCAAAGUGACUACAUAAAUGCCAACUACAUGCCUGGUUACAAUAGCGAUAGAGAAUUCAUCGCAGCCCAAGGCCCUUUGCCAUCCACAGUCAAUGACUUCUGGAGAAUGAUCUGGGAGCAGAAAGUGAGAGGCAUUAUCAUGGUAACCAAUUGCACUGAGGGAGGACGGGUUAAAUGUGAACAGUACUGGCCUGAUAGCAACCCUCGUCAGUGUGGAGAUUUCGAGGUGUUCACAACUUCUGAGAAGAAGUUGCCUGACUGGACACUCAGGGAAUUUACAGUGAAACAUAGUCGCACCUUGGAGGAGCGGACAGUGAAGCAUUUCCACUUCACAGCCUGGCCAGACCACGGAGUCCCACAGGGAACACAAGUUCUGAUUGAGUUCAGGGAGCUGGUUAGACAACACAUGCAGACAGAAGCUGCAGGGACGCCUACAGUGGUCCACUGCAGUGCUGGAGUGGGGAGGACAGGUACUAUAAUAGCAUUGGACGUGUUGCUGCAGCAGAUGCAAAAAGAAAAAGCAGUUGACAUUUACGGCUUUGUGCAUAAGAUGCGCCUAAACCGACCACACAUGGUACAAACUGAGUCACAGUAUGUGUUUCUACAUCAGUGCAUCCUGGACUGUCUGAUGAAGAAUGAAAAGCAUGAUGAAAAUAUCUAUGAGAACGAACUGAUCUAUGCAAAUGCCACUGCACUCAGGGAAUUUCAGAACAACAUGAAUAAAUCUUAAUCUUAUGUGAAAAGUGAAGCACUUUUUAAGCAUUUAAUUCAUGCUGUUAUUAAGUGGAUUGUACUGUAGUAUUAACUGGAUGUUUCUCUGGACAUUUACUUAAAAGAACAAAAUCAACUACUGACAGAAAAAUGAAGAAAUAUGGAUUAACUGCAGAAUACUACAAUUAAAAUAUAAGCAUUGUUAUAAUUCCUGGCAUUUCACGGUUCAUACUGCAUAGGACCAAUGAAUGUCUUGUUUUAAGAACUGUUUUGUUUCUGUAACAAAUAUUAUUUUAUUUAACAAUAAUUACAAAACAAUAUUUUA